AUCUAUUGUCCCGUCCAGCCCUCUCCAACAUGGACACACCGCACGACUGUGCGUUCAUCGAGACUCUCACGGGCCGUCUCCAGCUGUUGUUGCCCAACCGGACCGGCCACUCGGUAGCAGAGGUAGAGUUGAACCCACAGUUCAUCGUCACGAAGCUGAUACUCCUCAACAUCCACACUGCACGCGCCGACGCCAUAUCGUACAUCUUCCGGUGCUUUGGAAGCAACCUAUCCGCUAUCAACGACGAAGCUAAUGGCACCCGAGUACAAGACAGAGACGAACGCCUGUUGGGCUCUACGCUUGUCCUCUGUAGAGUACUACUGGAGAUCCUCAAGAACAAUUGGAAAAGAGAAAAGACACUUAUGAACAUCGACCACACCGACUUGGUGCUGAACUACUCCCGCUUCUACUACUACGACAGACCGAACCCCAUCGACCCCGAUGCAGUGGUACCGUUGCUCGAUAUCUUCAUCUCGUUGUUGUCGCCCAACGUGAUGCGCAAGGUGCUUCUUCUCAUGACCCAGUGCCGCCCUCUUCAAACUCAACAUCUAAGGCACCACUACCAGCAACAUCUUCGUCAACUGUAUCUCAUACUCCGGCCAGCAGCAACUACAACCAUCUACACGGAAGAUAUCGACAACCAGAUCGAGGUCGUUCUCCGCUUCCUCUCGUCAGCAAACCCCGAAGAGUACUACGACUACAUCUACAACAAAAUCUUCAAGUACUCCGUGCGGGAGGAAAUCAUACCAUUCCCCGUACUCCAGAAAUACGCUCCCUUGGUCAAGUUCAUGUUUUUCUCGCGCGAAAACAGUUCUCGUAUUGCCGAAGACAUCACCAGAGCUGUGCCUCUUAUCAAAUCGGUCGCCUGGAAACAGGCUUUCAUUCUCUUUUUGGCGUACUCCAUUAAGGACCAGACUUUUUCCCGGACGCAGGACUAUGACUACAUUAUCAGACUUGACCGUCCAGAGAUGCAACAACUUGUCAAAAACUUGUUCGACUUCUGCAGCACCAUCUAUGAAGACAGUUUGACAGCCAUACCUUGUGGUCCUUUCACAUUGACCUGGCUUGUGAUUCUCUGCCUAGAAGAUUUCGUAGAACUAGACUGUGGAAAGCCGCUCAACAAACUCCGCAUAGCAUUCAACAAACGACUCAAGUUUCUCGUGACGAUCUUGAAGGACUCCUCCAACUUGGUCAACUUGGAAAGCUUUGAUUCGCUCAUCAACAUGUUCCACCUAGCGGCCAGACUUGAACACCACAAGUUGUUGGAUCACCCAGUGUAUGCAUUUUCACUCAAAUAUUUGGAUACGACCCAUACUUAUUUGAUCAAGUACGGCCUGCAUCAUCUCAACGAUUUUGCCCAAGAUGAAGAGUUUGGCCUUAAAUACGACUACUUGCUAGUUAACUUCUACAUUGCUGCACUUAUGCUUAAGCCAGAUCAGUACUUGAACAUUAUUAUCCAGAACUACAACAGCUACAGAGAAAACCUCAAGGAGGUCAAGAUCAUCAUCAAGAUCAUAAAGGGUUUGUCUGAGUUGGAAAAUGCCAGACCUCUCUUUGAGAAGAUUAUGCAGAAGAUGGCUUUACCCUUGAAAUCUAUGAUAUUUGGUUCUAUCAAACUCUUGAGACAGUACGAUUUGGAAAAACAACAAGUUCUGUCGUCACAAUCAUCAGCAGCAUCGCUAUUUUCAGAUAUUAUUAGCAUAGAAAGCGGCCAUUUUGGCAACUCGGCCGAGAUCCAGUUCAGUAAGAAAACCAUCUUGGACCAUUACAUCAACGAGAUUUCUCCCUCUACAACUUCCAAUCUCAACAAUUCAGAAGCUCUUCAAGAAGAGCUUCACACGCAUACCCAUUCAACAAAUCAAUUCGUACAAGAUUCUUCAUCCCAGUCUUCGACUACUUUGAGCCGCACUCGUUACAGAGUUGCAAGUACUAUAGAGGAAAUCCUCGCCGAUGCAUUCCAUGUAUUCAUUGCCUGUCCAGACUUGUACUUUAAUGAUUUCCCGUUAAUGUCUAGUGAAAGUUUGGGGAGCCAAAACCAAGAUGAAUUGUUGCACACAAUUGUGCAGUUCUGUCAGGAGAUUGUGGUACCAUUGCGAUAUGCUUUCAAAACAAAAAGUGUUAUACAAGAAGAUUCAAGAUUGUUCGACGCUGCCUGCGCCUUGUCCAUGAGAUUUGUAGACGAGGACACUGAACUCGUAGCGAAAUACACUGUUUUAUCUACAUUUGCCAACUAUACGACUUCAAACUACAUCAUUCAGUCAAUUUGUGAGGCAGGAGUUCUGUUAUCACUUACUGACCCUAAAUUCAAGUCUAUCUUCUUGUUCAUCAACAAGUUCUUACAACGUAGGGAGGCGUUCAAUCCUAUAAUAUGCAGCAACAAGAUCAUAUUGGAUCCAAACACGAGCAGUGUAUUUGAGUAUGGAGGUGGUGUCGUCCAUGCCAUCGAGAAGAUAUUGCUCUUAUCGUUGUGUACUCACGAUAUCCAAUUCUACAACAUCGCUAAGGUCACCAUGAAAUGGUACUGCAACGAAGUUAAGAAGCAGGCUCAUUUGUAUAAAAACAACGGACAGGAUAUCGACGAAAACUUGUUGUCUACAUUUGAACAAGUCAUUAACGACGAUUUUGUCUUUACUGGGUUUGUCUCUUUGCAUAAACGUUUUAGAAACAUCUUGAGAGAUGCAAAGCCUACCAAAUCAUUGUACCAGGUCUGGCUUGUUAUCUACAAUCGCUGGUUGGAGAUGUUGGACAACAAAACAUCCCUAAACGAUGAGAACUUAGUGUUCAGACAUUUUACUGGGUUUUUAGUUUCCACCUCGGGAUGUUUCUUAUCAGAAAAAUUUUCCAUUAAUGAUCCAGACCAGAAGGAGAAGUCGGCUAAGUACAUUUCUGAGUUUUUUGACAAGUGCAUUAGUCUUUUGACUUCACAGGACUUGGUCAUAAGGGUAGUCGUAAAAGAUGUUUUAUCCAACGAAUCACAUUCGGAUGUCUACCAUUUGAUAUCCACAAAGUUGAUGAAUGUUGCCAACCAGUACUCGGAGAAGAUGGUGUAUAACGACGAGGCAGUUUUAUACAUAGAGCAAGCUUUAGUCAUCAUAACUACCAUGAUUUCAAUCAGAAACGAUGGUGCCUUCUUGUUGGUAUCAUUCUUACCUACGAUUUGUGAAUUCUUCUUAAAGUUUAUUCUGAUGCUUGAUAACGUGACUGAUCAAUUGCGAUUGAAAUUGAGAUUCUGCAAACUUGGGAUUGUUCUAGAAACAAACAGAUCCAAUGUCGGCCUCCAGGGAGCCUUCAAGUUGAGGAAUUUCUAUGCGAAGGCAUCUGCAGAAUGGCUAGAAUCAUCUGUUUUUGGGGACGAGAAUGGAGAUGAUUCUGUAAACACUUCUUCAAAUGUUUCAGUGAAGUCAGGUAAGGAUUCAGAAAUUGCCUACCUCAAAAUAGACUUGGCUGUUCAAUGCUCUAAGUGUCUUUCAUUGCAAGUCGAAGAGAUCGUCUUGGAAGUUCCUGAUGGAACCAAGGAUUCCGAGAUAAGGAAGUACAAAGAUAUUGCCUUUGGCAACUACUUUUCGUUGUUCUACAAGAUUAUCCAGAAAUAUGCUGCUUCAAAUAUAACUUCAGGAAAGUCGAGACACAAGUUAAACCAAAUUUCGGAUCAUGUGUUAAAGAGUAUAUCUAACAUCCUACAAUAUGAUACCGAUAUUGGAAUGCAAUUUGUGUUGCCUAUGGGCUACCAUGAAAACAAAAAGAUUAGGUCUAUUUUCCUCAAUGUAUUUUCAAAUAUGCUUGCGUCUAGAAAAAACAGAAAAGUGAAGGAAGAUUUUUCAGAAUCUCUUACUCUGCAAAUUACUGAUUUACAGGAUAUAUUUGGAGCUAUUGCUGAGGUGGCUUCUUCAACUGAACAUAACCUUUUGGCGUCGUCUUUGUUUGGUAUUUUCUCGUACACGAAGAAAUUGGAUAAUUUGUUCAAAGUUUUGUUGUACGAUGAAGUGAACACCGUUUCGAGAUCGACUGAUAUUUUUAGAAGAAACUCAGUGCUCACGAGAUUGCUUUCAAAUUAUGCUAGAGACCACGGCUUGGAUUACUUGGAAAAUACGUUGAAACCAGUAAUUGAAGAUAUUGUAAAUAAUGAGGUUAUUUUUGAAGUUGAAAAAGUAGACCAGGGUGACUCUGUUGUUUUCAUGAAGUACUUCAACAAGUUGGUGGAUUCUAUUGUGCUGUCAGCAGAAUCACUUCCAGACUCGUUCAAGUUUAUUUGUGCUGAGGUCUAUAGAUGCGUUCAGAAGAAGUUUGAAGAUGCUGCUCUAAUUGCAGUGGGUUCAUUUGUUUUCUUGAGAUUUUUGUGUCCUGCCAUUAUCAGCCCAGAAGCUUUCUUUGGUAUAAACGUAACAAACCCAAAGGUGAAAAGGACAUUGAUGCAAUUAGUGAAAGUGCUACAAAAUACGGCAAAUGGCUCAUUGGGUUUGUUGAAAUGGCCCGGUUUAAGUUCGGAAGUCAACGAAUUGAAUAACGCGCAAAAGAAGAUAUUUGAAUUCUUGAAGCACGUUGCAACCCAAAAAGUCAACGGAUACCCCUUCCAGCCACUUGAAACUAAACCAGUUGCUGAAAUGAAGUAUUUGUGCAAGUUUAUUUACACGUAUUUCACAAGCAUUAAGACGAAAUAUCUCACAGGCAAGAUUAAUGGAAGUUUACACCACAAGGUGAGUAGCUUCAGAGUAUUUGAUAAGAUUGUGAAGGAACUCGGUCAUCCUAAGCCAUCCGUUCAACUUCAGAUCACUUCUCCAUUCAAGAACUAUGAUCCAAACAACAGCGCAAAUAACCAGUACAAUGAUUUCAUGACGAAGAUGUCGAUGAAUCAGGUAGAUAGACCGACCGAUUACCCUGUGAUUCACAUUUCCAUUUUUGGUGAUGGUACACCUGUUGUGACUGUCAAUUUCAAGUACCUCAAAAGCGUUGAAAAUGACGUCUAUUUGUUGGUGUAUAAAUUAUUUGAGACUGCUUCUCAAGUUUGGGAGAAUAAAUUCUAUAUGGUGUUUGAUUUUACUGAGUUCAUUUUUCUUCCAGAAUUAGGUGCAUUGUACGUCAGUUUGGUGAAGACGUACGCCCCUGAGCAAUUGUUCAAGAACUGUGCAAGGAUUUACUAUUUCAAUGUUCCAAGAAGCAAUUAUGAAGGACUUACUAAAUCUAUGAAAACGUUGAGAAUGAUUGGAUAUGAAUACGGUACUAGAAUCUAUACUUACUCUCAAGUGGAUUCUCCUGAAAUCAUUACCAAACUUUGCUUAGAUCCCGAUACACUUGCCAUCUCUCGUGACACAAAGGUGACAUUCAAUCAUGCAAAGUUGUAUGACGUUGCCACAAAGGAAUUCCUACCAAUUAGUAUCAGAAUUGGUAGAAAAUGGAUUCAGAUUUGUUCGGAGGAUAGGGUUAUCUUCAAAGGCGAAUUAACGGUCACAGAUAGCUUUGUUCCCGUAGAUGUAUAUCGUUUAAGCGAUAUCACAAAAUGUGAAAUUUCAAGAACCACAGAUCAUGAUGACGAAUUCUCUAUCUACUUGAACUACGAGCACCAAGUUGUAUUGAGAUCAUACGAGAGACUGGAAAUAUUACGAUUCUUGUAUUUCACUACGUCACGUUUACCAAAGCAAGCUUCAUUUGCCGAAGUAGACAAGGACAUGGAACAUGGUGAACAUAAAAUGCAUUGGUUUGGACGUUUGUACAACAUAGUCUUCCAAGGAUUACUCUGUAACGAUGAAGAUGUCAGAUCUUCUGCAUCUAUAUUAUUCGGAUCAUUGUCGACUUACUUUGAUAUAGAUUUUCGUAUCAAAAGCUCACAUGCAAGAAGCCUUGCUUUUCCAGCAGAUUCAACAUCGUUUGUUGUAUCUAUAUCCACUCAUUUGGCGAGGGGUAUUCCAGAAAUGUCCUAUAGAUUCUUCAAGGCGUUUUUCGACAACUACGAGAAGUUGCCAGAAGAGAAUAAGUUAAGUUCCAUCAUCUAUAUUUCUCCCUGGAUCGACAAUGUCUAUGACUACAUCUGUCUUGAGAAUGAGGAGAAUGGCCCAGGUAGAGUUGCGGAACUUGUAAGACAGUUCUGUAGAAUUUCAUUCUUGAAUAAGGAACACAUUGCAUUCUUGAAUGACUAUAUUUGGAAGAAACUCUUCUCAGAGCCUAGAUUGGCUUCGACCUUAGUCGACGAAGUUGUUGCUUUCGCUAUUGACAACAAGAACGACGGACCUGAUUGGUCUUUCAUCAUUGCGGUUAUCAGUCCCUCUAUCGAAGUAUGCGGAGAAGUGGUCUCAAGGUUGAUAACCGCAGUUGGAAAAGCAAAGAAGAAGGAUUCAGCAAUUGCGGCCAAGAGUAAGCUAUUUGAGAUUAGAGUAUUGGUGAAGAUUUGUGCUUCAUUGUUCUUCAACUCAUAUGCUCUUGCAAGAUUAUAUCUUCCUGAUAUCGUCUUCUUUUGUACGCUUUUCAUUGACAAUAUGUACUUGGAUUUUGGUGCUGAUUUGCAGAAGUUAGUGAUCAACAUUAUCCAAUCUUUCUUACACAAGCCGGAUCUAAGCGACGAUGAACAGCAGGUGGUUGAUGAAACCAUUGACUAUUUCAGCAGUCAAAGGGCUAAAAUGCUUUUUGGAGUCACCAGAGAUAUUUCCAACUCUGGUGCUGAUGCCAGUCAACUUUAUAAUAGAGCAUCUAACUUUGAAGUGUUGUGUGACUACUUGAAUGAUUUUAUCGGUGCCUUAGGUUCAGCAGAAGAUAAAACGACGUGGAGAGCCACUUGGUGUUCUUAUGCUAUAGAUGUGGCUUUCUCGAAGGAGUCAACUUUCCAAAGUAGAGCUAUUUUGGUUGUUGGCAUUCUUUCGAAGUCUGGCAUUAAUGAUUCCACCGCAUGCAGAAGUUUGAAGUUGAUUGCCAAUGGAGACAUAAGUACUUUGGACUUCACAACAAGCAUAUCCAUUGCAACUGCACGUAUACUUGAUGGUUUGCCAGCCACUUCGAUCCUUCCACCGGUUCUUAUAUGGCCACAAUUCUGUUUUGGAUUGAUGAAUUGUGCUGCUAUCUAUCAGCCUUCUAUUCAAUGCUUGGUAACAGCAGUUGUGAAGAUCAUUGAGAUUGGAAGUGACUAUGUAGAGAAAGCUUUCCAGCAAAGGGUCUACUUGGAACCAUACAUUUCUGACUUUGAAAAGUCACACAAUUAUGAAAUUACAAGAGAAAACUUUGGUGUUCACAUAUUCUUCACUUUGACUCAGGGAUUGAGGGUGUCGCAAUUCAGACAUACGUCAGUGCAUUGUUUGCAGAAGUAUUUCAAGGUCAGAUAUAAGCACAGAGACAGAACAUCGAUUUCAGGAUUUUUCAUUUACAAUAACGCCAUUGCGUAUUUGGUUUUCAUUUACUUGAGUCUUUCUGACGCUGCAUUUGAAGAAUAUUUGGAAGAAAUUGGUUUGGAUACAGACUACGUUGUUGUGGCAGAGAAUGUACGCCUUCCAAGCAUAUUGGUAGACUUCCUUUUGAUGGAUACUGACGCUCCACGAAUAACGCUAAUUCACGCAGCAUACUUCUACGAUUCGAAGUCCGUGGAUAACUUAUUCAAGACAAAAUUCUUGCAUAUUUUUGACUAUUUGUUCCAACAAAAGGCAGAUAUUGGAUUCAUGAUCUACCACAUUGUGAAGUCCACAUUAGAGGAGAACUUCUUGAACACUACAUCAUUGGAUGUUGUUGACACUAUUGCAAAUAUCAUGAACAUUGUUUAUACCGCUCCGAAUUACUCUGUUGAAGUGUACAAGAAACAGGUGAGAAAGGUAUUGGAAGACAAUAAGGUCACAGUGAUUGGAGAAGACAAAACAAUGAGAAAGGUCGAUGACAUCGACACAGAAGAAGGUUUCGAAGUCGCCAUAGGAAGUGACAUGAGAAAGCUACAAAUGAUGCUCUACAGAAGCGCAUGUUUGUUUGUUGAAGGUUCUAGAUUGGAGGAUUAA